CAGAGAGACGGUGUGGUGUAGCCCACUGUCCGAUGCGUUCAGAUUGCUGUCAUAGCUUAAAACCUAAGAAAGUCUAAGCAAACUGGAACACAUUAUUUUUUUAACUUUCUACAGAUAUAGUUAAACUCACAUGAAAGUGUACAUUAAAGGAUUAAAUGUUGUUACUGGACAUUCUCACAGCUUGUUCUUAAACCUAUAAAUUUUAUUAAAAUCAUAAAAAAGUGCCAAGUUAAAACCAUAGAAAAGGUCACACACCACCAUGUUACAGUCUGCAUACCUGGGCAUAGUGUUUCAUAACUGAUGUAAGUAUUUAAUAUAAAAUUGGGGACACUGCUUUCGCAAUAAACGUCUGAAGAGAUGCAGACAACGUGACUGUGCCAAGUCAAGGAGUCUUCUCAAGAGUUCAAAGGUUAACAUGGGACCUCCAACAAAAGGGGUCAGCACAGAUGACCUUGCUAAUGUGGGUGAGCUGGAUGAUCAGACACUUCUUGAGGAGUUGAACCACAGAUACAGAAGGGAUCUGAUCUAUACAUACAUAGGGGACAUUCUGGUGUCAGUGAACCCCUACAAAGAGUUACCCCCCUUGUACGGGGAUGAGAUUGGUCAUCGAUACGGGAAGGCCAAGUCUCUACGAGAGUUACUCCCCCACGUAUAUGCGCUUGGUUCCCGUGCCUUCCACAAUGUGCAGCGACAUGAGGGGAACCAGGCUGUGCUGGUCAGCGGGGAAUCAGGGGCAGGCAAGACAGAGAUUACUAAGAUGUUGGUUGCCCAGGUUUCAAGACUUUCACAGUGGAGUGGGGACUAUUUUCUUCAGGAACGAAUUGUUCAGAUCAACCCCCUGUUGGAAGCCUUUGGAAAUGCAUGCACUGUAAUGAACAACAACUCCAGCCGCUUCGGGAAAUUGAUUGAGUUGAUUUUCUCAGAGGAGGGGCAGCUGUUAGGAGCCGUCAUUACGGAGCACAUGUUGGAGAAGAGUCGGGUGACGAGACAGGGUCCCGGGGAGAAGAACUUCCAUAUUUUCUACGACUUGAUGUGUGGAUUCACACCUGAGGAGCGACAGAGAUACUUCCUGGCACAACCAGAGAGAUACAGAAUCCUAGACCCAGGCCAUGGUCAACCUGUGAUACCUACCCAGGCUGCAUUUGCGGCCUACAAUGGAGAUAUGGAGAAUCUAAGACGGAUCAUGCCAAUAGUUGGCUUCACUCCACAGGACAUGGAUGUAGUGUUUGCCUUGUUGGCUGCUAUCCUACACCUCUGUAACGUGGAGAUGGCGGUGGAGCCAGAGUCGGACGAGGUCAUGGUCAUGAACGAGGAGGAUGUAGACUUUGCUUCCACACUGCUGUCUGUUCAAGCAGAGGACUUAAUAACUGUGCUGAUGGCAAACAUAAACUGGGUCAGAGGUGAAAGGAUUGUGUACGUGAAGACACUCAACCAGGCUGUGGACGGCCGGGACGCCCUGGCAAAGGCCCUCUACAGUAAACUCUUCUCAUGGAUCGUCCAGCAGAUCAACUUCAUGUUGCACGAGGACGAGACCAGGGGAGGUGAGCACUACACUAUCAGUAUCCUGGACAUGGCGGGCUUUGAGCACUUCCAGGUGAACAGUUUUGAGCAGCUGUGCAUCAACGCGGCCAAUGAAAGACUGCAACACUUUUUCAAUGAGCACAUCUUCUCCCUGGAACUCCAGGAGUACACAACAGAGGGCAUCAAGGCACCCAAAAUCAAGUUCAGCAACAACACUGAGCUCCUGAAUAUGCUCUUUCAGAGGCCUAUGGGUAUUUUCUCCCUGCUGGAGGAAGAGUCAUCCCUGGCAAAGACCACGGACAUGUCAUUUGUUGAAAAGAUGAACAAGCAGUUUUCAAAAGCUGACCUUUACAAGAAGUCAAAGCAUCGAGACCCAGUGUUUGGCAUUGCACACUAUGCUGCAUUGGUUACGUACAACGCUGCAGGCUUCCUGGAGAAGAACCGUGACACGUUGAGCAGCAACAUGUCCAGUCUGAUGGAGAACAGUCAGAACAAUCUAGUCAAUGAACUCUUCACUGCCAAGGUCCUUGACACAGGAAUGCUGGAUAUGAGGUAUCUAGUCAAUGAACUGUUUACCGCCAAGGUCCUCGACACAGGAACACUUGAUAUGAGGUAUCUAGUCAAUGAACUCUUCACUGCCAAGGUCCUCGACACAGGAACGCUUGAUAUGAGGGGAGGCUCUAUGCGAGGCAAGUGGCAGCGUCCAGCUUUCAAUCAACCUGAGAGACGACACUAUGCCCCAGGAGAUAGCCUGUCACGGCAGGCAGGCAGGAAGAUACGACAGAAGAUGAAAGAACAGGCCAACUUUGUAGACAUUCCAGUAACAUCUAACCCUAAUUUCUCCAGUGCUCAUUUCAAGAAUUCCUUGCAGUUGCUUGUAACCAAACUGAAAAAUUCACAACCACAGUUUAUACGGUGCAUAAAACCCAACAGCGAGAAGUUACCGAACACGUUUGACAGCAAGCUGGUGCUGGACCAGUUGUCAAGUACAGGUGUCCUGGAGAUGACGAAGAUCCGUCGCCUUGGUUACCCCACCCGUCUGCCAUUCCAUGUCUUCCUGCAGAGGUAUAAGUUCAUCGCCUUCCCGUUGACUGCAUACAUUGAGCCAAAUCCUCAAAGCAUUUCUGUGAUACUUAAGGCUGCCCGGAUUGCUGAUGCUCAAAUUGGGCUGACAAAGGUAUUUCUCAAGUAUUUCCAUGUGGACCAGUUGAACUUGAUUCUGGACAAUCAGAUGGUGGCAGUCUCUCGGGUACAGGCCUGGCUGCGCUGCUACCGUGCCCGCCUGCGCUUCCACUACGACAUGAAAAUGGCCAGACAGGAUGAGGAAGAGAUGGGGUUGCUAGGCAACUACAUUUCUCACCAGGGGGAGAAUGUGUACCAGUUCAUAGCCAAUCAAAACCUUCUGGACAUGGAGAGAGCGGCACAUGAGGCCAGGCAGUUGCUUUUACAGCAACAGCAGCAACAGCAACAACUACAACAGUAUCAACAGGCGGCACAGAAUGGUCACCAUGGCAACGAUGGGAGGACUGCUCGAAUGUCUGAUGUGUUCUCGCCGACUGUUCGCAACAUCCACACUGACAGUGAUUUCUGCAAGUAUGUAUUGCAUGAAGUGUUGAAGAGAGCACAGGAUCUAGAGGCGGAUGUAUGGGGCAAGCUGUUCUAUAUGGAGUAUGACAGGACUGUGGCCAAGUUCUACCUCUGUGAUCAUAGCGUCCUCAUUGACGGAUCUCACCAGGAAUUUGAUGGCCGAAGAAUUGGACUUGGACCGUUCCCAAAUGCUGAUCGUGAUGAAAUCACCAGCGAGAUUCGAAAUUUUAUUGGACAGGGUAUAAAGCUUACAAAAGAGUCAGAUGGCAGCGUAGUGGCCACCAAACUGGGUAAGAAUGAUGUGGUCGUUAAGGGAUACGAUGAUCCAGCCAAUCACUGCCUGUCAGGGGAGGUAAUCCUUAAUCAGGGUCGUCUGCAGCAGGAUAAACCAGUGAAGAUAUUCGACAUGGAAGAAUUCAAGAGCCACAUUGGCCUUGCGCUGAAGGCUGGUUCAGAAGUGAGAGGGGAGAUAAAGGAGCGACUCCGUCUGCUCUCGAUAACCAGUCUAAGUUUAGUAAAAGAUGCACCAUCCAUGCUACAAACCCCCUGCUGGCUGUGCCUGGUCAAUAUUGCUGCCCUCCAUACAUUGGCUGACCCUGAAGUGAGAAAGGAGAUGUUACAGAGGUUUGUGCAGAUGUCACUCAAAGACAACUCGGAACAGGAAGAGGAAAAACGAGCUCUGCAGGAAGUGGCUGACAGGCAUGGUCGUAAUUGGUCCAAGUUAAACCCCCCGAAAGCUCAAAUGAAGAAGGAGCCGCUACGGAAAUCACGAAUUCAGAUCAAGCAGCAAGGAAAGAAAAUCAAGGACUAUCAAAUGGAGUAUAGCUGGGUGGAGGAAGGAAACAGUCCACAACUCGGGGAUGAUUUAGAUGAUGUAGACUCUCUGUUUCCAGCCCCAAACAAACGCACCACUCGCCAGGCCAGUGUAGCUAGCAGUGCCAUGUAUCCUGAUGCUGCCUCGUGCGUAAGGAAGGACUGGGCGAAGAUAAGAGUGACCAUGAAGCAAGAGGAGAUACAUCAGGCGGAGGCCCUGCAGAGGUCCAAACAUGGGCCCAAGGACUAGCAGGAAGCAUCAAACAUGGAGAUACUAAAUUCUUCUUGUUGCCAUAUUUGUUUUACUAUAUAAUACGUAAAUGAGAUGGUUGAUUGGUGCUUUUUGGAUAGAAAAGUCUGAUGCAAAUUUGCCUGCAACUGGCUACUUUGUUAAGAUUGUAUUAAGAGUCAGAAAUUAUUAAGUGUGAAAGUGCGUAGUAAGAUGGAGAGACAAUUUGCUUUAUUGUUUCAUUUCAAGAAAAAAAGUAAAUUAUUGUUUUUAUCUUAAAUAUUGAGGAAGAAGAUUAAUGUGAUUGUUUGCUUCACAUAAUAAUUCGAUUUUUUUUGUUAAGAAGUUAAUUACUAUGCCAAAGUUCAGCUGCUGUAAAUGGAAUGUGCCAUUUUUGUAUUCACCUUGGUGCCUUUGUCAACGUUCGUGCCUUCUAAGGCUAUACCAGACCCUGUAUUCACUAACCAAAUCUUAAACUAAAUACUAAGUAUAAAGAACUUUUCAGAAAGUGUGUGCUUAAAGAAUGCUAUUAAUUUGAAUCCUUCUCAGUGUUCAGCCCAUCAAAUUUUUACAAAUUUCAGCCAAUCAAAUAACUACAAUGUGAAUCCUACUAAGUGUUCAGCCAAUCAAAUUUCUACAAUUUGAAUCCUUCUUUAUAAGUGUUCAGCCAAUCAAAUUACUACAAUGUGAAACCUACUCAGUGUACAGCCAAUCAAAUAACGUUUUUGUUAAGAUUGACUAAAGUUAUAAUAUAAAUAAAAUCUAUGACUAUUCUAAAAACUACAGAACUGCCAUAAAGAAGCAGCCUUAUUUGUUUCAAACGUUCAGCUUCAUAUGUCUAUUUACUACAUGGACGCAAACUGAUGUAAAAAUUUGUAAGAACUAAUUAUCCCUGCAGUAAAUUAAUUUCCAUGUAAACUGUGACAAGCGGGUGCCAUGCAAAGGAUUAGACAAAAUUUAUAUGGGAAGAUGCAUUUACCACUGGAAAUUUCAAAAUCCUAGUUCAUUCUUUAUAGUUUUUGUUAUCAAUAUUGCAACUUAAAUUACCGGUACUACAUAAGUGGCAAUUGUACAAAGCCCAUAAUCAUACACCAAGGAAUUGUUUCUAAACUCUGUCUAGCAGUUUAAUAAAUGUUGGGUUGAUGAAUAUGGGGCACGGAUAUUAAUGGUCAAGAUGUAGAAAAGACAGUAAAUUUAAGAAUAAAACCUUGUUUUGUGUAAAAGGACAGUUAAACUGUUUUAUUCUGGCUAGAAAAACAAUAUUUCUUUGUUUAUGUAAUCUGUAAUUCUAUGAAAACUUGCUUUUGGGAAAAAUAAUUAGUUUACAUGUGUAUAAUUUCAAUGGUGUUUAAAGAAAUUUAUAGGAAUAUCUGCUAGGUCAAAACAGAUUCUAGAAAAUAUCAAUCAUGAUUAAACAUUGAACUUAGUUUUAGAACAAUUUUAUCACAGAAAAUGUUAUAGUGUCCCUUGAUUGAUUAUUUUUACCAGAACACGCACAAAUGUGGUGCAGUAUCAUAAAAUAUUAUUAAAGUGUUCAGGUACAGUGCUUUCUUGUAAUUAUACUAUUAAACUGUGUUCAACAAAGGUAUCAUAGUCUUGGUUUCAAACAUGUUCACAUCACAAUAUGUGAGGUGAGGUACUGCUGUUGUAUAACUAACUAUCAAAUAGUCACUAUGUUAUACAUAGUAAACAUGUUUGUAGUGAUUUUAAACUCACAUGAAAUCCACUAUUGUCCAUAUCACAGUAUUGUUGUGCUUUUGUCUAUUUUAUGUAUAUAGUAUAUGAAUUGCUAUAUCAUGAAGAUAUUGAAGUGUUUUUAAUGUUCAAGUCAAUGACUUGUUAUUAUAUUUUAUCUUGUUAGCUGGUAUUUCUUACAUGUUUUAUCUCUGCCAUAUCAAUAAAAAUAGUUCAUUUAUGUCUAUUUUAUUUUGUGUAUUAUUAUCUCAGUACUAAACAAGUGCACAAGUAGAUUUCUCAAGUACAAGGCAAAAGACAAACUGUUUAAAGUUGUCCACUGAUUGUAUACAUCCUACAGGUAAAUUGGAAGCAGUUCUAAAGAAAGAAAUAACAUUCCUCUCUAAGUGUUAUACACUAUUAGGUGUUGUGAGCUGUUGUUUAUAUACUUGUUAUUAUGUUGCCUCUAUUUCGUUGUAUUGUACCUUACAAUAAUUUGUCCUUAUACCUGUAUGUCAGGUUUAGGUGUGUAAAAUACAGUAUAGAAAAUAAAUACAUAUUUAAUUGCAAGGACCAUGCAUGCAAAAUAUGGACAGUUAUGCAAAGUAUUUAUGUAGUUCAGUACCGCCCUGGUUGCUCACAGCUAAUUUGCACAGUGCAAUAGCGCUUAAAUGUGUUUGAGCUGGGCUAUGGGAAAACAGGGCUAAAAUUGUCAUCCCAGAAUGGCCUGUGCAGUCUCCACAUGCUUAUCAGGGACAACACUUUAUCUUAUCAUCAGACGUGCAUUGUCGAAAUAAACAACUAUGGAAUAAAUUUUCCUCUAUUUCGGCAGUGCUGAAAUAUAGCUGUCACGCGGGGCGGAGAAUGGUCAAAUUACUCGGAAUCAACUAUAAAGUAAUCAUUUUAAGUAAAAUCGAAUCAGAUUCAACAAAACAAACAAUUUGAUACCAAGAUGUAAUAUAUUUUAAACAAAUAAUAUAACUCGAAAAGCAAAAAAACAUUAUUUACAAAUAUUAAGUGCGCGUACUCAUGACGUCAUUAUUAACACGUCAUACGACACAAUGCAUGUUCUUUCACGCUAAAGCUGCAGUUGUUUAGUGUUUUUUUUUUCAUUAUUUCUUAAAAAUCGGGGACGUAGAGGUAUGAUAAACAGAAAAACAGGUUAGUUACUGAUCUUUUUGUAAUGUAUUAGGCUCGGCACGAUUAAAAUAAUGAAACAAUGUUUGCUAAAAAUAACUUUGGGAUUUUCCGUGUAGUUCGAUUUUCCUAUUCAAUUUUUAAAGAAAUAAUUUACGACUAAGAAAAUUGAUGGGAUAAAUCGAAUACUAGGUCGAUGCCGAAUAAAGCAAAGUUUAAUUUGCUAGGCACGAAAAUCUGAACCACUCGCCAAGGCUCGUGGUUCAGAUUUUCUAAGCCUCGCAAAAUAAACUUUGCUUUAUUCGGCACCGACCUAGUAUUCUCUAUUUCCACUUUGACAGGAUAUUUUGAUUAAAGGAAGUCUCUUCUAAACAAAAAUCAAUUGUUAUCAGAAAGUGUCUUCCACAAUGAGCCUGUGCAGACUGCACAGGCUAAUCUGAGACAGCUCUUUGCGCACAUGCAAGUAAGCAAGGGUUACUUUGAUGUUGAAACUGCGGAUCCAUGCGCUCAUACAGGCUGCCAGGCUGAUCACUAUUUUGUUAUAUGGCCCUCAGUGGGUUUUCUAUUUCUUACUUAGUGAAUUCACUGAUCUAUUGGAAAUAAAAUGCAACUUGUUCUACUGGCCAUUUUGUAUUAAAGCAUUUCAAUUAUGAAAGUGAAAUAACUUGUAAUGCCACUUAAUAACCAGGGUACAUACUAAUUAUUUUGGGCUUUUACAAUAAUUGUGUUUAAAUCUGUAUUUCUUAAUGUAAAUGUAGAUUUUUUUCUUAAAAUAACUCCAUUUUGGUCAUUAACAUAUACAAUAUGAUAGUAUUAUACUGUAUUUGUGUAUGUUCCUCUGCCAUACUAGAUGUCUAUCUGUCUGUGAUUAUUUGCAUUUUAUUCUGACAGUUUGUUCUUGUUUUAAACAGCAAAGGAAUAAAUGUUUGUAAACUUGA